AUCUGUACAACUGCCUGGUUGAGGAAAAAGAGCACAGUGCUGUUAACAGCUUCCUACAAGACCUAAUGGAGCAUGAGGUGUUGGACUCUGGGAUGAUGGAGGAACUGGCGCUGGAUGUUGGACAAACAAGGAAGAAGUUCAGAGACCCGAUCAUCAGCAUGGAAGCACGACACCAACAGGUGCGAGAGAACAGGGCCCAGCGUGAGGUUGAGAGGCAGAGGCAGCAGAAAGAGAGGGAGGCUCAGUGGGGUGCCAGAGAGGAGGCAAAGAAGAGGGAGCGAGAGGACGAGACGAGAAAGAAGCAUGAGGCGCGUAGACAGGAGGAGAUGGUGCGGCGGGAGAUGGUGCGACUGCGACACCAGAUGGAGGAGAGGAGACGCCUGGAACAGCUGGUCAGACAGAG